AUGUUGGCCCACACCCGGAUGUAUGAAGCGAAGUUAUUGCUUACAGUCUGUCUGACGUUGUGGACACAAUGUGCGAACGGUGUCGGUGAGGCAGAACUCUAUAGAAUAUCCCAUUUGAGGGAUUUGGCAGAACAUUCCAGUGGCGGAGCAAAAUACAUAAGACUCAAUGGACUGCAAAAUUUUGCAGUGCACGCGCGAUCUGGCAGCGUAUACGUUUCCGUCAACAACUCCGUGUUGCGUCUGUCGCUUGACGCAUUAAAGACACUAAAUGAAGUGACUUGGGCUUCACCAGAAGAGCAUUCCGCGGAGUGCACUGGAUUCGGUGUGAAAUCGCCAUCCUGCGAACCGUAUACUGUGACCCUAUUGGUUCCCGUCGAGGACGUGCCCCGCCCCGAUGGUUCCAAUGUGAUUCGAACAGGAUUGUACAUUUGCCUUUCGAACAAUAUCUUCUCGGAAUGCUCCCUACGCAGAGCCGCCGAUCUUCGAGUGCCUCCCGAACUACAUUGGAAGGGCAACGACCGAUGCCCCGCAGACGCAAACAAGUUCACGGUUGCUACAGUGGCGACAAACGGUCAUCUCUACAUGGGAACGGAAGUGAUCGCCCCUGACGGGGCCAAGGCCAUAUCUAUCUUGCGAGUGGCUGCGGAUACGAAUCACGCCAGAUGGCCAGACGCCAUGCAUAUCAGCCGGACAGAGCCCAAGGAUGAUUGGAUUGUACAGAAUGAACGAACUUCGUUUGUGCGGUCGUUUGAGUACAACAACGCGGUAUAUUUCAUCUUCAAAGAGGUGGCUCAAGAAGUUAGCGAGACUUGUGGGAAGGAAGUGAUGGUAGCCAGAGUUGGAAGGAUUUGUCUACUCGACGAUGGAGGAAAAGAUGGAUUUCUCCGGAGCUUCACAAAGGCAACCUUGGUCUGCCCUAGUCAGCAGAGAGACGAAUCCGGGGCGACGACAUUCGUACACAGUGAUCCGCAAUCUGUUCACGUGGAUCAAAGUACAAAAAUGCUUUACGUCUUGUUUACAACCCCCAGUUUUGCCCCACGAAGUUCGGCAAUAUGUGCCUACCGACUGACGGACGUGGAGCGUGUUUUCGAAGGUCCUUUAUAUUCCGCACUCGAAAAGCCGAUUAAGGUGAAGAAUGGAGGGAACUGUGCCCUACCAACCAACAGUGAGCCACUUGGACUUCACACGAUGUACGAUACCAGCAGACCCAGAGCGGAUCUACCAUUAAUGACAAAAGGUGUCAGAUGGUUGCACCUGGUAGUUUCAUGGGCUCCGUUCACACUGAAACGGGACAACAAUCUGAUUCUCUUUACCGUGGACGAAAAUGGCAUUCUGCAGAAAUGGCAUCACUUCAAGUCGAUGACAUGCCUCGUAGAGGAAAUCCAUCUGCAAUCGAGUUUUCUCACAGAGGGGCCUGCAGAUAACGAAGUGCUAAAGAUGGAACUGCUGGAAAGCCAUGAGCUGGAUAAGGCUGCUCUCUUUAUCGCAACCAGAACACACCUAUAUCGUCUGCCCGUGGCUCGAUGUGGUCGGUUAGGUCACUCACAGGAGGCUUGUGAGCUGAUGCAUGAUCCUUAUUGUGGAUGGAACCGGCAGAGUAACACAUGUGAACUAUUAAGGGAAGGGCACACGGAUGUGCUGAAGUUUGAAGCCUGUCCAGCGGAAGUUACAAAGUCACUGUCCAUUUCCAUUGACGGUGCAUGGGGUGCAUGGAGCCCGUGGUCUGCAUGCGCACUAACCAAAAAUGACUUUCCUAAUUCCAGGUGGAAGGAAAACAUGGACAGUUCAGGAAGCCCUACCAGGCACAAGUUUGGAAUUUCCGGUUGCCAGUGCCGCUACAGAUAUUGUAGUUUUCCGUACUCAUUUGGGCCAAGUGGAAAGCACUGUGAUGAGGCCUCGGCGAUCCAGUUGGCUAACUGUUCCGUCGAUGGCGGCUGGACUGAAUGGACCCCUUGGUCCGGAUGCGAACCUACAUGUAUAUUAAAAGGCUCUGCAAGAGUACUCCCCGCUCAGCGCAUACGGCAGCGAUGGUGUACAAACCCAGCUCCUAUGGGGCCAGACGGAAAAGAUUGUUUGGGAAAAAGGAAGGAAGUCGUCCAGUGUCCUAGUCCCGAUGUCACUUGUCCAACGGAGCCCCCGGUCCUCCCAAGCUGGUCUGCUUGGUCCGCGUGGAGCCAGUGUUCUUCAGCGUGUAACGGUGGCAGAAAGAUCAGAUGGCGAUUGUGUGGACGUCAUAAAGAGCCAGGAGAUCCCCCGUCAUUGGAUAUUACGGCGAACUAUGCUCCUCAUAUUUAUAGGUAUACGGAUUGUCUCGGGGAAGCGUAUGAGGAGAUGCCAUGCAAUUCUCACCCUUGUCCGCUCACGAAGGUGAUCUCAGCAUGGUCUGAUUGGUAUCUGACGAACGAGGACCCACAGUUGUGGACGACAGAAAGAAGAUUCCGUGCGGAAUGUCUGGCAACAGUACCCGAGGUGGACAAACUGCAAGCCUCUAUCGAUCUGCAACAAGGUCACUGUAAGCAGCGCUGGGAUGGUGCGUUGGACUGUAGCCCCGUAGGUGAGUUCAUACUGGUUAUGUGA